UCGUGCUUCUGCCCUUACUGAGGCAGGUCACGGAAGGAGGACCUUGACCCCAUCCUUGAGCAGGUGCCGCAAGCACAGCAGCCAACCGCCGUAGCUGCGCGCGCACCACGCGAGGGUUCUAAUAUAUUGAGCAAAUGUCACGACUGAGCGCGAAGUGAGGCGAAUCACGUGUCGAAGGCCGGCUGAACGAUCGUAACGAACGGACACGUCCAAAUUCAAUGAGUCUAGUCGUUUCGAAAUGACCGAACUGAAUAAAAUACUUGAAAUGUACUCCUAGUUUCACCAAUUACUGUCGCUGUUCAUCGAUCACCGAAUCCAACGUCGAAAUGUUUCACGAGGACGCAAAGAUUGCCGGCAGCAUCAAUUCCAGGAACGUUUUUUUUUCCUCGAUGAUCUCCGGAGGAGUCGCUGGCACUGUUUGCGACUUGACGUUUUUCCCCCUGGAUACGUUAAAGACAAGGCUGCAAAGUCAACAUGGAUUUAAUCAAUCGGGCGGCUUCAGGAGACUUUAUCAGGGGGUGAUACCAGUUAUGGUUGGCUCCGCACCAGCAGCCUCCUUAUUUUUCAUUACUUAUGAAGGGAUUAAAGAAUUUACACAGCCUAAAAUACCUCAAACUUAUCACCUCUUCAUUCAUAUGGGUGCUGCUUCUUUGGGUGAAAUGGUUGCAUGUCUUGUUCGGGUUCCGGUGGAAGUGAUGAAGCAGAGAAAGCAGGCGCUCCUACAAGACAAGGGAAAACUGAAAUUACGAACUUUGUAUCGUGGUUACGGUAGCACAGUAUUAAGAGAUUUGCCUUUUGGUCUGAUACAAAUGCCGCUGUGGGAGUAUUUCAAACUAUGUUGGAAACGCCAGGCGUGUAGAGAUUGCACUCCUCUGGAAGGAGCUAUAUGUGGUGCUGGGUCUGUUGCGGUGGCGGCAGUGAUAACGACCCCCCUAGAUGUUGCGAAAACUAGAAUUAUGCUUUCCGAUACUUCGGCAGAAAAGGAUGAAGUAAAAAUAUCGACCAUGCUGAAGGAAGUCUAUAGAGAAAAAGGCGCUAAAGGACUGUUCGCAGGUUUCGCGCCAAGAGUAUUUGGUUUCACCUUAGGAGGCUUUGUGUUUUUUGGAGUUUACGAACAGGUUAAGGCGACUUGUAGCACGAUUUUUCCAUACACCAGCAUUCCUAGUAGCUAAGAUUUUGAAAA